UACAACUAAUUUACGGAUCAAUAAUGAGUUUUUUAAGACGUACCUAUCGUGCCUUCGAUUGCGCAAUGGAAAGUAUCCCAUUCGUUACGACCGUCCUGAUAUGUUUGGGAUUUUAUAUUCUGAACUGUAUUAGUGCCCUAAGUGAGUUCCUAUUUCCGCACAAAGUGGUUCGUGAAAAAAAUCGCGAAGGUUAUCCUCCGCUUUACGCCCAACGGCAAAGGCACGUCACUGACUUCCUCAUCCGGAGAGUGGUCGAUUGCUGGAGCAUCCCGACGAGUGGCGUUCCCGGACCGGAAAUCGCCCUGAAGCAUCGCGUCUUUGAAAAAAUCGGAGGACUACCGAGUUUUAGAUACACGGGCGAAAAGAAGAAGUGCCUCAAUUUGGCGUCGUAUAACUACCUGGGAUUCGCCGAGAACUCCGGGAGGAGUACGGAGUUUGCCAUCGGCGCGAUCCACAAGUACGGCAUGUCCACGGGCGCCACCGCGCGGGAUUACGGCACGGUUGAAAUCCACAGGACGCUGGAAAAGCUCACGGCCGAAUUCGUGGGGGCCGAAGACUCUCUGGCGUGUGGAAUGGGAUUUGCUACUAACUCGCUUAAUUUACCCAUGCUCCUGUCCGAAGGCUGCCUGGUUCUUAGUGACGAGCAGAAUCACAUCUCAAUGAUUGUUGGGGUUAAAGUCUCAGGCGCAUCGGUUAAAAUAUUCAAGCACAACGAUGUCUUCCACCUGGAGCGACUGCUAAAGGAGGCCAUAUACUAUGGACGGAACCCCUUGGGAGAAACGUACGAGCCUUGGAGGAAGAUUUUCAUACUAAUCGAAGGAGUGUACAGUAUGGAAGGUUCAACGGCGCCUCUACCCGAAAUCAUUGCGUUAAAAAAGAAGUACAAGGCGUAUCUCUACCUUGACGAAGCGCACAGUAUAGGAGCCAUGGGAAAGAACGGGAGAGGAGUAGUAGAAUACUUCGGCUGUAAUCCAAAGGACGUGGACAUAUUGAUGGGCACCUACACCAAAAGCUUUGGAGCCUCGGGAGGUUACAUCGCCGGUAGCAAGGAGUUAAUUUCGCAUAUGCGGAGGCAAAGCUACUCGUGCAAAUACCCAUUUGCCAUGUCCCCACCGAUUGCAGCGCAUAUCGUGGACGUGCUCAACAUUCUCAUGGGGAAGGAUGGUACCGAUUUAGGCAGGGCGCGGAUAGCCUCCUUGGCGAGGAACUCGAAGUACUUCCGGCGCCGAGUAAACCAACUAGGUCUAAUCACUUACGGAUCCGAAGAUUCGCCGGUCGUACCGAUCUUGUGCUGCUUUUACUCUAAAAUGCUAGCUAUGGUCAGAUUUCUGCGAGAAAAAGAUAUAGCGAGCAUUGGGGUCGGAUAUCCUGUAACGUCUCUUCUGGAGUGUCGCGUACGUAUUUGUCUAUCUGCAAGUCACACUAAAGAGCAGUUGGAUUACGCUUUGAAGAUUAUUUCGGAAAUAGCGGGUCCACUGGGAUUAAAGUAUUCCAGGCAACCAACCAGUAAACAGCUAGUCGUUUAUUAGAGUCAAAUAAAAACU